CGUAUGCAAGAGGGGAGGGGAGGGAGACACUGCGUGUAUGUGUUUCAGAGAGCUGGGGGAGAGCGAACGAGCAAGCCAGGAGCUUUCAAAAAUGGCGUCUUCAGAAAAAAAAAAUGAUUGAAAAAAAAUAUUCUUAAAAAACGAGGCCUAGCACUCAGAAGCCCGCAGCCGGAGUAAGGCUCGGAUUCGGAGCUUCGCUGCAACUGCACCGUCUUAGUCAUUUUAAAAGCAAGAGGUGAAGGCGCGUAAAAACACCGACGCAACUCGGCAUAUAUUAGAUGCGUCGACAAAGCUAGCUAACUAGCUAGUUCCUUUGCUAGCUACCAACAUCAUAUAUAUUUGAGAGAGGGAGGGAUGUACGUGGCAGCUGGUAGAUACUUUUCGGGGGAAUCACGUCGCACAUUUGCCAAAGCUAAGAAGUUUAUCGGGCAGGCAGAAGAAAGAACGACGGGUCGAGCCGAGCCGACAAUCGGAACCCGUCCAUCCGCGUCCUGUACCGCUCUUUGAUAACUACCCCCGAGAAAGGGGAGGAGAAAGACGCUUCGGAAAGGGACGUGUGCUCUUAGCCGCCUAGCAAGCUAGCUCUCUGCCUAUCAGCAUUUAUUCGCUAGCUAGCUAGCUGGCUUGCUAGCGUAGAACAAUGUCCGUGCUUUUUUGCUCAAAGACAAUAGCCAGAUAUUGAAAGAAACACGGCACAAGAGAGGGAAAUAGGAAAACUGAUUUUUUUUUUGGUGACUGGUGUGACCCCCCUUCAUAUCUCCCUCCUCCCCUCUUCAUAUCCUCCUCCUUCCCCUCCACUCCAUUUCGCUCCCUCUCUAUGCCGUUUCCCAUUCUUGAAGACUUGCUUGCGAAACGGAAUAAACAGAUAUUGAAAAUUGGGAGGAAAAAAGCAGACACCUUGUUUGAGUGCCACACUUUAGUUUUUUCUCCUUUCCCAAUCCUCGCCGUUUCUCCAUCUCCAUCCUUCAUAUAUUUUAAUGGAUAGAAAUUAUCCAGGUGCAGGAUUUGGUGAUUUGGGCGCAGGAACGGGAUGGAGUUACGAGAGGUCGGCGAAGGCAAGUCUGGUUUACGGGAGCUCCAGAUCAUCCCACCCAGAUUCGGAGCUCCUCCAUCGUCAAGCGUAUGCAACGCCCCACCCCCUGCAGGGCUAUGCAACCAACCAUCAUCCUGCUAGUUCUGGGCAGGGCGGAGCCUGGGGGGCAGCGGGGCGCAGCUUGGGUCUAUCUGGGCUGUUUGACACCGGCCUGCACCACGCCAGCCCCUCCGGCCCCGAUGCCUCCGUCAUGAAUCUAAUUUCAGCUCUGGAGUCCAGGGGUCCACAGCCACCCCCAUCCGCCUCCUCCCUCCUCUCUCAGUUCCGCACUCCAUCCUGGCAGACAGCCAUGCACACUCCAGCCCCUGCUGAGCUCUUCAUCUCUGGUGCCCUCCCUGGUUCCGGAACGUUCCCGUCGUCCUCGGCCCUCUCCGCUUACCAGCACCCGGCCUCGUUUUCAGGCCGCUCCUUCCCAGGGGUAACCCCCUCGCUGUCCCUCCAGGAAACCCCCACAUUCAGUCCCACCUCCAAUGGCCUGCUCUCCCCCCACGACUCCCUGCUGCACAUCAAGCCUCCGUCUCAGUCCAGUCUGGGCUUUGACCGCCUGCUCUCCUCGCAGGGGGCGGCGUACAGAGGAGGACAGGACCCCACUGGCCCCCCGCCUCCGCAAGCUUCUACUACCUCCUCCUCUCGCCACCUGCCCCCACACCAGUUCAACCUGCUCUCCUCCCAGCUGCAAGACCAGUCCUCCCAGUUAUACAACGCCUCUGUGUUCUCGUCGGCCCCUGCACCCCCACAGCCACCCCCCCAGGAGAGAGCCAUUUCGAGACAGGACAGUGUCAUAAAGCACUACCAGCGCCCUCCUCCCUCCCAGUCGCAGCUGCCAUCCUCGGCCCACUCCCUGCAGCACUAUCUCAGCUGUGGGGCUUCGGGGUAUCAGCAGAUCGCCCACCACAGGCAUGCCGGGGUAUCCUGCAGCCCACUCGGUGAUCAGAGUCCCUCGUCCGACCCGAAACCUUCUCCACGGGCAGAGCAGGGCUACCGGCCCAUCAUCCAGCCCCCCUAUACCACCUCCUCAUCCUCAUCCUCUGGGGGUGCAGGGAAGGGGGCGAAGAGCAGCUCCAGCAGCGGCUACUCUUCCUCUGGUUCGGGGUCCUCCUCCCGGACUCCUCAUACUCCUCCAUCCGCCUCCUCGACCUCUUCGUCCUCCUCCUCCUCCUCAUCUGCAUCUGGAGCGCAUCCCCCGAAUUCGAAUCCCACGUCCAGCUCCACAUCUGCCCCCUCUAGGCAGCAGCCCCCACCCCAGUCUACUCCAGCCCCUCCGCCACCCCUUCCACCCCCAACCUCCUCAUCCUCUGCCCCGCAGCCGCCACCAAAGCCGUGCCUCUCAGGCUAUGGUUCCCCCGUCGCCCCCGUGAAGCCAUCUUCAGCCCUCUCUGGACAGACGCCCCCCCAGCAGCAGACCCAGUCCUACUCCCCCAGCCAGCCCCCUCCCUCACACCUUACACAGCCCUACGGAGGCUUCAGCUCUCCCCAGGCCCAGGACCUGAGCUCUGGUGCCGGUGCUGGUCAGGGCAAAAGUUAUGGCAGUUUCUCAGCCGAGGUGGUUUACGGGGCCGAUUCAGGGUACAGUUCACUGUCAGCGUCUCUAGGGGGCGCCGGAAGCCCGUCUUUGGGCUACAGUGGCCCAGGCCACUCACCUGCUCUUCUGGGAUCUGGGGGAGGUGGGGGCUCAGCUGGAGGCAGCACAGGGUCCGGGGCGGGCAGUGGAGGUGGUGGGGGUGGUAGUGCAGGAUCUGGGGGAGGGGGUAGCAGUGUGGGGAGUGGAGGGGGAGGAAGCUCAUACCACCUCCCAGACUCUAGCCCCUCGCCCUCGGGCAAUUCUGGAAUAAUCCGUCCUGGGCUUCAUUCUCCUGCCCCAGCUCGUCGUGCUCAGUCCCCUGGGGGAGCUGGGGGCAACAAGUACCUCUCCUCUGUGCUCUCCCCUGCUUUCCUGUCAUCUCCGCAAGGUUACCCUGAUAGCCGGGGGCCCCCGCCUCAGUCCUACCACCCCACGCCCCCCAAAUCCAAGGCCGACUCCGACAUCCUCGGGGUGGAGCGAUCCCAUGAUGAUGAGGAUGAUGAUGACGACUUCUUGAUUCAGCACCUCCUGCAGGCUCAAAGCCCAGGCCCCCAUGCCUCCCAGCACCACCCACAGCAGCCCCCCCAGCCACAGUCCCAGGCCCCGCCUGUACCACAGAGCCAGGAUGGUGGGAAGGCGCUGGCAUAUGAGCUGAGCAAGAGCUCUGAAGAGAGGUACCACCUCCAGAGUGUCAUCCGCACUAACAGCGCCACCUCUAAUGCGGGAGUUAGCAUUGGGGGUGCAGGAGGGCCCGGAGGAGCGCCCUCUGGUGGCAUGGAGGGCCAGAUGGACAUUUCGCUAAAGAAGCAACAGCAGCAGCAGGCAGCACAGCAGCAGAAGCCUGAGAGGCCUGGAGGAGGUGGCGGGGGGAGAGGUGGGGCAGAGCACUCGCACACCCACACGCACCCCCAUCACCACGACUCCCUGGGCUCCGUGGUGCACUACAGCCGCAGCGACCCAUACUCCCACGCCCUGCCCCAGCACCAGGCCCACCCUCCACACGCUCUCCCUCAGUCUCACUCCCAUCCACACAUGGAGCUCCAGAAGAAAGCCCAGGACCCGUCAGAGCUGCCCUACCUGCGCAAGACCCCCGACCUGCAGCCACCGCCGCCCCAGGCCGGCCUCUCCCUCCUGGACUCACCCACUGACCAGCCACGCCAGCCACAGCACCUCCUGCAAUCAGUACUGUCCCACACGACCCGUGGCAAGAUGGACUCGCAGACCCAGCAGCACUCCAUGGGACAGCAGGCCAUGAUGGCCGGGGCUGGGGGCGUGGGGAGAGCGGCAGGGGAGAACCAGCCCUCGUCCUCCCAGCUGCAAAUGCAGCUCCAGUCGCAGGCCAUGGAAGCCCACUACGGCCGGGGAGCCCAGCAGAACCAGAAUCAGUCCAGCCAGAACUCUGUCCCUCCCUUAGACAUGCUGGAGCACUCGCUCUCUCAGACUUCCUCCAGGGAGGUAGGGGGGGCUGGUGAGAGGGGUGUCGGUGGGGGAGUAGGGGCCGCUGGGAGCAGCAGCGACCGGCACAGACAGCAGCAGCCUCACAGAAUGCCCCCACUUCACCAGUCCCACCACCCGUCCCACGCCACGUCUGAGCUGCACGACUUCCUGUCCGAACCUGACCUGGGCUUAUCGGCCCCCUCCCACUUGCAUCACAUGGCCCCCCAUCACCCCCACCCUCACCCCCACUCCCAUCACCAACACCCUCAUGCUCACCACCCUCACCACCCUCACCCGCACCCCCAUCCUCACCAUAUGCCCCCACCUCAAAACUCUGUCCCCCCUCAGCAACAGCAGCAGAGAGAGCAGGAUGCCCACCCCACCCAGCUCUCCCAGUCACAGCUGGAACAGCUGAAAGAGCACCAGUUUGACACAGGCAGCCCUGUAGGGAAAGGCGGCCAGGGCCAGCAGCAGAGAUUUGUACCCCUGACCUCCAUCUGCUUCCCCGAUUCCCUCCUGCAAGAUGAGGACCGCUCCUUUUUCCCGGGAAUGGAGGACAUGUUCUGCUCCGACGACUACAAGUCUAGCUGCAGCGGGGGAGGAGGGUCAGACCAGGCUGGGCAGGAGGGGGUUUCAGAAGUGCGACGUGGGCAGGAGGGCAUGGAGGCCGUGAAGGCUGCAGGUGGCGCUGCAGGGGGCAGUUACGACAUGCUGGGGCACCACGGAGACCAGGGCUAUGAUCAGUACUGCCACAGCCUCCCAGAGUCUGGCGGCGGGAGUGUGCAUUUGGACUUGGACUCUCUGAAGACGCAUGAGCUGCCCUCCACGGUGAACACGGAACAGCUUGGCCUGAUCCAGGGCAUGGGGGCCACUGGUACCCCUGGAGAUGGAUCAGGGAACAAGAUGCUCGGUGGGACUGGGGUUGGGGGAGGAACCAACCCUGGGGGGCUCACUUCUCCCAUCUUCUGCUCUUCUCGCCCCAAGAAGCUCUUGAAGACCAGCUCCUUCCACCUACUGAAGCAGAGACGCGACCCGAACUCCCUGCCCAAGAAGAGUUACGCACAGGAAUAUGAGUUUGAGGAUGAUGAGGACAAAGCCGACGUUCCUGCUGAUAUCCGCCUGAACAGCAGGAGGCUCCCGGACCUGCUCCCAGACUUGGUUUCCAGCUGUCGAAAGUCAGUGGGACCUGUGGGAGGCGAAGGAGCUCUGAGCCCCCUCAUGGGUGACCUCGAUUUCUGUCAUACCUCUGGAUACCCAUCGCUUGGCCCUCCUCCCCAGCUCAUGCCUCACGACGGGCCCAAGAAGAGGGGCAGGAAGCCGACAAAGCCAAAAAGAGAGGGGCCCCCACGGCCCAGAGGCAGGCCUCGGAUUCGCCCUUUACCAGAACCCCACCACUCCCGAGGCAUGAUGGGGGCCCUGGGGCCGGGGCUCGGCGGAGAGAGCCGAAGGGGGAGAGGGCGGGGCAGGGGGCGAGGGAGGAGGGAGGACACCAUGAUGGACAUGGCCAGUAAAGGCCAGAACCAACAUCACCAACAUCUGCAAGUGCAACAGCAGCUGCAUCACCCAGCACAGGAGCUUGCGGAGCCCAUCAGACCCCUCAAGAUAAAACUGCCGAUCCCACCCAUGCCUCCCUCUGAUGCCCUCCUCAGAACAGACUCGCUGUCUGGCACCGACCCUGUUCUGUCAGAUGGUUCUGUAGGUUCUGCUCCUUCUUUGGGUCUGAGCCCUGGACCCACCAGUGGGAUGGACAUGAACAGAACUCCAGAUAAGAUCAAACAGAAAGUCCAAGAGGUUGAUGAUAAAGAGCCAGAGGUUAAAUCCGGAUUCAUGGCCUCCUUCCUCGACUUCCUUAAGUCCGGCAAGAGGCCGCCAGGGUCGGGAGUGCCUGCAGGGGCUGCUGGGACUCCCGACAACGGUGGCUCCUCCCCCAGCAGGACGGGCAUCCGUCCCCUGUCUCCACCACCACCCCCGCCACCCCCUCCACCCCCUCCAGCUUUUGGGGAGACCGAGGGGGAUGGGGGCUUGGCACUCAGCAACUGCCCCAGUCCAUGCAAGAGGCUGGAUGAGGAACUGAAGAGGAACCUGGAGACCCUCCCGUCCUUCUCCUCGGACGAGGAGGACUCUGUGAGCAAGAACCAGGAUCUGCAGAAGAGCAUCUCCUCGGCCAUCUCGGCGCUCUACGACACUCUGCAGACGCCGCUCCCUGUGGCCCCGCCCACACCGGUGCCUCCCACCCCCCAGCCCCCAUCUCUGAGCCCCCCACCAGCUCCGCACGUGCACCAGGUGUCUCCGGAGCCGGCCGAGCUCGAGAGGCAAGAGGAGCAGGAGGAUGAGGAGAGCCUUGGAAGAGAAGAAGAGAUGGAGGAGGAGACAGAACCUGAGCUGGAGGUGCUAGGUGCCCCCAAGGUGGCAGAUUCCCCCAUAGAGCCCCCUCCAGUUCCUGCAACUGCCACUCCUCCACCCCCUUCCCCAUCCCCCGCCCCCUCUUCCUCUCCUUCCCCUCCACCCCUGCCCCCACUUUCUCUCCCAUCCCCCCUCCCACCGCAGGAUGAGCCGCACCAACAGAUAUCUCCACCCUCCAGCCCACUUACUCCAUCUCAUCAUUCCCCGUCCCCGCCACCUCCGACACUCCCCCCAUCCUCGACUCCACCCCCAUCCUCCCCUCUGCCUGUCCCCGAGUGUCCCCAGCCAUCGCCCCCUUCCCCCCCUACCCCAGAAGAUGCCCCUGCCACCCAAAUAACACCCCUGCAUUUGGCCAAGAAGCAGACAAAUGCCGCCAUUGCCGGGGAGAGCGAGGAGGAGGACAGCGAGAGUGGUGGAGAGGGCAUAUUCCGCGAGAGAGAUGAGUUUGUGGUGCGGACUGAGGACAUUGGCACUCUCAAGCUGGCUCUGCAAACUGGUCGUGAGCCACCCCCAAUCUGGAGGGUGCAGAAAGCGCUUCUGCAGAAGUUUACCCCUGAGAUCAAGGAUGGGCAGAGGCAGUUCUGUGCUACCAGCAAUGCUGACCAUUCCUCUGCCCCCGUCAUGCAGUACCUGGGAUACUUUGGCGAUGCCAAGACACGGUAUCAGCGCCUCUAUGUCAAGUUCCUGGAGAACAUCAACAAGAAGGACUACGUAAGGGUUUGCUCGCGGAAGCCUUGGCACAGGCCUGCACUAGCGCUCAGGCGUCAGUCUAUCCCCAAGCCAGCCGUACAUCCCCGCAGCCAGACCCCUCCCCGUGUGGAGAGGGAGGAGAAGGAGCGCGAGAGGCAGAGGGAGUGUGAGCAGCGAGCAAAAGAGCGGGAGAAAGAGCAGCGCAGCAAGGAGCAGCAGGAAAAGGAGCGAGAGAGAGACAAGGAGAAGGAGAAGACGAAGGAGAAGGAGAGAACCCCUCACCCAGCCCAGGAGAAGCUGGAGAAGAAGGCAGGAGGGGCAGAGCGAGGCAAAGGGAGGGAGGACAGGAGAGGAGGUGGGGGGAGUGAAAAGAAGCUAGAGCGCCCCCCCAAGGCAAGACCAGUGAAGGUGAAAGCAGAGCCCCCUCCAAAGAAGAGGAAGAAGUGGCUGAAAGAGGUCCCGUCCUCCUCCGAUUCAGAGUCCUCGCCUGACCCCCCCAGCGAGGAUGAAAUGCCGGUUCGCGGAGGAGUAAACAGCCGGGCCAUGCGAGAGAUGUUCCGUAGCUACGUGGAGAUGCUUGUCAGCACUGCACUAGACCCCGACAUGAUACAGGCUCUGGAGGACACUCACGAUGAGCUAUACUUGCCUCCAAUGAGGAAGAUCGAUGGAAUCCUCAAUGAGCAGAAGAGGAAGCUGCUGAGAAGAGUGAACAUGAGCUCUCAGCACCAAGAGGCGCUACACGCUUACCCACAGAUGACAGCGGACGCCCUGGAUUCGGGGGCAGUGAGGGUGCGACUAGGUGGGGAGGGGUACAAUCGUAAGACCCUGAACAGGGUGAAAAGGAGCCUGCCGAAACAACAGGACUUUAAGCUGUCAACGGAAACAUGCCGGCUGUACAGUCUUUACCACUCCCUGCAUCAUUAUAAAUAUCACACCUUUCUGCACUGCAAACGAGAGACGGACAGUAUUGAGCAGGCAGCAGAAGACCCCGGGCAGGAGGAGGUGGUACAGCAGUGCAUGGCCAACCAGGGCUGGCUGGAGACCCUCUUCAACUCUUUCAUCGAGCUGCUCACCCUCAGUGCCAAAGCCUGAGGGACUGGAGAGGGACAAUGAGGCCGAGAGUAGAUCAGCCACUAGGGUCUGGGAUGGGCAACGGCAGCCCUCAGCAGACAGCUGAAGCGGGCCCUUCCCAGAGCCGCCCCCUCGGUCAGAUCUGCCCUUUCUCACUCGUGCUUUUGUCGAGAUGAGACCCCUUUCAGCUGUGGCUCCCCAAAGCAGCCAAGGCCGCAAGCGCUUUUGACAAACGUAAUCACGGACACUCGACUUGCCCAGGCUUGGAUGCCAUUCGCUGGCCGAGUCCUGCAAGUAUGUGAGCUUCUGAAGGAAACUACAAGGAGGAGAGGCUCACAGGCUGAGCUGAUGGGCUAAGGAGGAGACGGAGGUCCGAGUUUCACCGGAAUAAAGCAGACAAGAGACCGAGUACUACUUUUGAUAGUGUUAGAAGACUCUGUGUUAAUGGUUUUAUUUAUCAUAAUUUAUUUCAUACUUUUUUGUGCGAGAUAACAGUAUCUGACGUUAAAAGGUCACAAGAGGUGGGGAAAAAAACAGUACUUUUGCAGUGUGUAAGAAAUGAAAAGUUGAUCAUAAUGUAGGCUUAGAUGAGAGGUUGACAGCAAAAUGCGUUUUGCCAUUCAGUGCUAUAGGCUGUGUCAGAAAGCUGUGUUUUACUUAUAUAAUAAAUAUUAAUCAUUGUUAUUUUUAUUAUUUAUACAAGAACAUUUUUAAGUACCCAGACAAGCUGGGAUAGUUUGUUAUUGCUAUUUUAAACAACAUUCUGUUCAGGUAUAAAUGAGAUUUAUACCAUACCUUAUGCCCACUCUCUUGUCCAGUUUUUUCUCCAUGCAGGAAGAAAUGGAGACAAGAAUGGCAAGAAAAUGUGUUUUUUUUUGUCUGAUUUUAAAAAAGAGGGUGAAAUUGUAUUUAAAUGAAAAGGUGUUAUGUUCAUUCUUAAAAUGAAGGGAAAAGUGAAAUAUGUAAUGUGUUUGGUUUUCUAAAUGAAAGUGGGAAAGGCUAUACAGAUGUAAUAAUUAAAACGAAAAUGUGUUAACAGUUUUGUUUUUAUCUGUUGUUCGUUGUUUAUAAUUAUUUUUGGAGCUGUCUGUUUUAUUUUCUGUUAAAGUUCUUAGUGUAAAUAUUGUACAGUUCUUGAUUCAAAUUUCCCUGUUCUUCUGUACAUUAACUACCUGUAUUUGACAAAACAAAAUAAAAACAUUAAAAGAACGAAAACGAUGGGGGGAUGGGUGAUCGUUUGGUGCGCCUGUAUGGCUUCUUUCAAUUAAAAUGAAGUUGUCCAUA